AUGUUGGCUCAGGAAAGUCCUGUGGAUAAAAAAGAACGAACCAUUUAUUAUCUGAGUAAGAAGUUCACUGUAUCAGAGCUGAAAUAUUCUGAUGUUGAAAAGACUUGUGUGGCAUUGGUGUGGGUAUUGCAUAGAUUGCGACAAUACACACUACAUUAUCAGAAAUUUCUCGUGACUGAGAACGACCCCAUCAAGUAUUUACUUGAUCGGCCAGCUUUGGUGGGUAAGUUGGCCAAAUGGCAAAUUUUGAUCUCCGAAUUUGAUGUGCAACACAUGCCACAAAAGUCGGUUAAGGGUCGAGCAAUCGCUGAUCUAUUGGCCGAGAAUUCAGGAGUCUCUAAUGACGAUGACAGUUUCCUUGAUGACCGUGUCUUAAGUGUAAAUGAAGACUCAUGGAAGAUGUUCUUUGAUGGAGCUUGUGGACAAACUAUCUCGGUAGCUGCAAAAUUGAUAUUCCCAUGCACUAACAAUGUGGCCGAGUAUGAGGCUUGCAUCCUCGGACUUCAAGUUGCAAUCGAAAUGGGUGUGGCCAAGUUAAUGGUAUUUGGAGAUUCGACACUGAUCAUAUUACAGACUGUAGGUGAGUGGAAGACCAAGGAUGCCAAGUUGCUCUCGUACCACAAGUACUUAGAAGAUCUGGUAAAGGAGUUUGACGAAAUUUCAUUUGAAUACUUGCCAAGGGCUCAUAAUCAAUUUGCGGAUGCACUCGCGACUUUGUCAUCUAUGUUGCAAGUCACUGACGGGUUAGAGGUUGAGCCUUUGAAGAUAGAGGUGUUGCCGAAGCCGACUUACUAUAUGAUUAUAACUGAAGAACCUGAUGGAAAACCGUGGUAUUACGAUAUCAUGAACUACAUUAAAAGGCAGGAAUUUCCCAAAGGAAGCACUCUUGCUGAUAGGAAGUACAUCAUGAAGAUGGCCUCAAAAUUCUUCGUCAGUGGCGAGAAUUUGUACAAGAGAUCUUAUGAUUCAGUCUUGUUACGGUGUGUGGAUGCAACCGAAGCCACUCAAAUCAUGCAAGAAGUGCACGAAGGAAUAUGUAGCCCUCAUAUGAAUGGGCACAUGAUGGCUAAGAAGAUUAUGAGAUUAGGCUACUAUUGGCUCACACUAGAAAGUGACUACAUCAAGCAUGUACGGAGUUGUCAUCGUUGCCAGAUCCAUGGUGAUAAGAUAAAUGUUCCUCCAACUGAGCUGCAUCAGUUUUCCGAGCCAUGGCCCUUCUUAAUGUGGGGCAUUGAUGUGAUCGGCCCAAUAAAUCCGAAAGCUUCUAAUGGGCAUCGAUUCAUUUUAGUGGUCAUAGACUAUUUCUCCAAAUGGAUUGAAGCUACGCCAUUUGCAAGUGUCACUGCCCGCAAUGUUGUGAAGUUCAUCAAACGUGACAUAAUUGCUCGCUAUGGUGUCCCUGAAACAAUUAUCACUGACAACGAAACAAAUUUGAACAACAAGCUUGUUGAUGAGUUGUUCAACGAGUUUAAGAUCAAGCAUCUGAAUUCGUCCCCUUAUCGCCUUUAA